AAGCUUUUCCGGCUGCCCGGCGGCCCGACGCUGACGUUCAAGGUGAUGCAGUACUCGCUGAUCAAGGACGUGGUCUCGUCCCUCAAGCGGCACCGCAUGCACGAGCAGCAGUUCACCCACCACCCCUUGUUGGUCCUCAGUAAUUUCGGUCUCCAACAAAUCCAGGUCAAACUGAUGGCCACCAUGUUUCAGAAUAUGUUUCCCUCCAUCAACGUCCACAGGGUCAACCUCAACAACAUCAAGAGGUGUUUGCUCGUCAGCUACGACGCAGAGACGCAGCUCCUCGAUUUCAGACAUUACAGCGUGAAGGUCGUGCCCGUGGGUGUGAGCAAAGGCCUGAAGAAGCUGCUGCAGGAGAAAUUCCCCAACAUGAGCCGCCUGGAAGACAUCAGCGAGCUGCUGGUGAAAGACAUAAACCUCUCGGAGAGCGAGGCCGAGCAGGAUGGGACCCACAAUGUCCUGGAGCUGCCGCAGGCGUACGCCGGCCGAGGCAACAUGAAGGCGCAGCAGAGCGCCGUGCGCCUCACCGAGAUCGGACCCCGCAUGACUCUGCAGCUCAUCAAGGUGGAGGAGGGCCUGGCACAGGGCAACGUGCUCUACCACAGCUUCAGUGAGUGCCGCAAAACGCCGUCUCCG